CAGUAUAACGGGGUGUAAUUAUUAAGGAUCUUUAGUCAGUUCAAGUUUUGAACUCGUCCGAACCUUAGGGAAGAAACCUUAUCUCCUACCUUUUUAAGAAACGGGACGUCACAUGGGUUUUAUCGGAUAUUUUUUAUUGCGAUGGAUUACAAAACAAGCCGAAUGAUGAAGUAAUUUUAUUACGAUGGCUUGCUCACUCAAAACCUUCUACCCUCUCUGUCAUUGGAUAAGGGUUGAGGAGACAAUGUCAUUUCCUCUGAUUCUCAUUUUCGGUUUGGUGUCGCUUCAAAAAACCUUUUCGUGCCAGGUCGGAGAUCCAUGCUUUCCAGAUUUUGAUUGUUCUUUCUUUUCAGUUAAAAUGCAUUGCGUUCAAGAGAGGACGAUCUACUAUGGCAAUAUCGUCAAAAAGUACUACCCGACCACCAUCGAAGAAUGCCUUCAAAAAUGCCUUGGCCAUGAGAAUUGCGACAAUGCUCUUUACUCGGCGACCCUCAAAAACUGCUACGUUAAACACAAGAAAUCCCACUUAACGAAAAAGGCGAACAUGUAUACGAUUCCAAAACUAUGCAUUCCAGAUUGUACUAUGGACACAGUCCGCCUCAUCACUUCCUCAGUAGAGGUUGUAAGUGGCGUGGAGAGUCUUGCAGAUUGCCACGCCCACUGCCUUCAAAACCCAAAGUGCUUUGGAGUGGUUUGGUCCAAGCCAUGGACAGGAUACUACCCGAGAACAUGUAGAUUGAGGGGAGAAUUUCGUUUGGGUAAGACUGAUACUUGGACGUCAGUCAUAUCUCAACCCAGGUAUUGUUUGUAUUCCAGAGAAGAACCGGAUGGCUGGUAUCGCUUCGAGGGUAACAAUUAUAAGUUCCUGGCCCAGAGCAAUAAUUUCGAAGAAGGACAAGAAAUCUGCCUUUCUCAUGGUGGGCAAUUGGCAUCUUUGGAAAGUCAAGAAGAGUACCUGUUUUAUGUGGUGGAGAUCCUCCCCAAUUGA